GCCCUGCCUUUGAUAACCAAUAGUGGCUUCAUUACAGUUGUUAGUUGUCUUUUUCGAUUUCUUCUCAAAUCACCAUGGACAAAGCUGCACUGAGACUAACUUUUUUUGGCUUUCUGUUCACUUGUGUCAACUUGGCUGCCAAAAAGAAACAAGACAUAGAUAUUUACAGCUUCCACAUUAACUCUACGAUCACCAGCCGCUACGCUACCACGGUCAUCACAAGCCGUGUGGCAAACCUGUUAACUCAAUCUCAAGAGGUCCAUUUUGAGGUCAAGAUACCCAAGAAUGCAUUCAUCAGCCGGUUUAGAAUGACCAUAGAUGGGAACACAUAUGAUGGAGUUGUGAAGGAAAAAGAGGAAGCUCAGCGGGAAUACAGUGAAGCAGUAUCUCGAGGAGAAAGUGCUGGACUGGUCAGUGCUGUUGGAAGGACUUUUGAAGACUUUAAAACAUCAGUGACAGUAGCUGCUCUUAGUAAAGUGACCUUUGAGUUGACCUACGAAGAACUGCUAAAGCGUCGCCUUGGCAAAUAUGAGUUACUCAUCAAUGCCCAACCGAUGCAGCCGGUGGCAGAUUUCAAGAUUGACGUACAUAUCCAUGAGAAUCCAGGAAUUUCUUUCUUGGAGGUCAAAGGUGGUCUGAACACUAAGGAUCUGGCUAAUGCUGUCACAACCUUCAGAGCAGACAAAGAUGCAUGGGUGAAGUUCUACCCCACUCGUGACCAGCAAACAAAGUGUGAUGAUUGUAGUAAAAAUGGUCUGAAUGGCAACCUGAUCAUUAUGUAUGAUGUUGAGAGACUAAAACAAAGUGGAGAUCUGAAGGCAUCAGAAGGCUACUUUGUCCACUACUUUGCACCUACAGAUAUUCAGCGCAUUCCCAAAAAUGUGGUGUUUAUCAUUGACAAGAGUGGCUCUAUGUCAGGCAAAAAAAUAGAGCAGACUCGUUUGGCCAUGCUGAGGAUUUUAAGUGACCUUGCAGAGGAUGACCACUUCGGAUUGAUUACAUUCAAUGGUUACAUUCAAACUUGGAAACCUGAACUUCUCAAAGCUACUGAAGGAGAUGUGGAAGAAGCAAAGACAUUUGUGAAGAGGAUUACGAGUGAAGGAUCCACAGACAUAAAUGCUGCAGUGCUAAAAGCUGUGGACAUGAUCAACAAACACCAUCAAGAGGGAUCUGCAUCCAUCCUGAUCCUGCUGACUGAUGGAAAUCCCACUACAGGUGAGACCGACCUAGUGAAGAUUCAGAAAAAUGUGAAAAAGGCCAUUGAUGGAAAAUUUCCUUUAUACUGUUUGGGUUUUGGGUUUGAUGUUAGCUUUGAGUUCCUGGAGAAGUUGUCAUUGGAAAAUAACGGUGUUGCUCGCAGGAUCUAUGAGGAAUCUGAUGCUGAUCAACAACUGCAGGGCUUCUACGAGGAAGUGGCCACUCCACUCUUGACUGAUGUCCACCUUAACUACCAAGGAGUUGCCAAUUUAACCCAAACCAUUUUCAGCCAGUACUACAAUGGUUCUGAGAUUGUGGUGGCUGGUCAGAUCACUGAUAACAGUUUGGAAAGUUUCACCACUGAAGUCAUUGCAUUAUCGAAAAGCAACAAGGUGGUAUAUCAUAACAACGUACCUACAGACGAACUAAACAGUGACAGACCUGAAAAUGAGAACUUAAUUAAACGAUUAUGGGCCUUCCUUACAGUAAAGCAGCUACUGGAGAAAGAAGUGACUCUACAAGGCCUGGAAAAAGACAAUGCAAAGAAAGAAGCCCUUGAUCUUUCUCUGAAGUACAAAUUUGUCACACCGCUUACAUCAAUGGUGGUCACCAAACCCCAGGAUGAGGAAAUGCAGGUUGCCCACAAACCAAAGGAGGGAGAGGAGCGACAAACAAGAAGGGCAUCGAGACGGAAGUCCAGGCCCAAAUACGGUUCUUCAUUAAGUUACAGACCUUUUGGUCCUUCAGGUGGUCCUUCAGCUUCUUUUUUAGAUGACAGUAGUGUAAGGCUUCUAAAAGAGAACAGGAACCCAAUAAGAAAAGAAAAAGUCCUAAAAUUCAUCUCUUCUUCAAGUUUGACUGUCUUCAAAGAUAAUGUCAGGGCACGAUUACCAAGAACAACUCAGAAACCUGUGACAACCUCUCCUCCAUUGAAGAGCAUUAGGAUUUUGAAAUCUUCUGGUAAUGCUAAGCCACUUUGUUACGAUGUUCCUCUUGCUCAGAAAGUCAGACUCCUACAAAAUGACGUAUCAGAAUUUUCUAUGAACGGGCAGCUUGAUUCAGAGAACGGCUUCAGUCAGAUUGCAUUUCAUUACAAAACGGAUCACCAUCUGUUGCUCAGCACUAGUGAGAUUUCCUACUUUGAUGGACAGGACACUGUGAAGUUUUCAUGGGAUCAAGGCCUCACCCACCAUGAGACAGAACACGUGUCUCUGAUUCUGCGGAGUAAUGAAAUGGAUGUUACCAUGGGAAACAUACGUGUUGUCAUUCUUCUUCAUAAGAAGGAUGAAGUUUUUCUGUGGCCUGCCGUUUGGCAACAGCCAAAAGAUGCUGGUUUCACAGGAAUUUUAGGAGAAGCUGAUAUUUCAUAUGAGGAGAUCCCAGGAUCACAAACACCAACUUUAAAGUUAAAAGACAAGGAAGUGAAGACAUCUUGGGUGAUGGUGAGGGACUACAGAUUUUCUUUUGCUCCUGUCAUUGGAUGUUGGCUCGUACCAUUCCAGGUUAUUGCGCAGCAGGAGCUCUCUGACUUCACUGUUACUCAAUUGUAGAGUUCAGACAAAUUUACUUUGCCAUCAUUUCCCUCUGCUUUAGGGUGCAGGAAUUACUCACUUCAUUAAUUUUCUCUAUUUGUUGCUCUGUCUUUGAAUGUUUAUGAAUAUGCUUUUCUUUUCCCACACAUAUGCACUUUAGCUGCUUUAGCUGGCAAACCAUAUGAUGAAAUAGCAAUUAAAAUUGCUCAGCAACAAUUGUAUGCAUACAUUUGUAUGCAUACAAUUGUAUGCAUACAUACAUACAUAUGCAAACCCUUUGAUUGGUGCCUUUCUAAGUAUUGCUCAUGAUUAUUUCUGUGAAGUAACUACUUUUUGUGGUCAUGUCUGGUAAUAAAAUAAAAACACAUUAAUAAACUUCUA